AUGACCACCCUGGGCAACCUGUGUGUCGACGUGCUGGUGGAGGUGCCUCGCCUGCCCGAUCCCACGGCGCACCCAGCGCUCCUGGACCGGCUGCGGGCGACGCCGCCCGGCCCUGACUCCCUGGAGGUGGGGGGCAGCGGCAACGCCAGCAUCGCUGCGGCGCGCUUGGGUCUCCGCGUCUGCUGCACAGGCCCUCUAGGCAGGGACCUUUACGGCCAGUUCAUGGCAUCCGUGCUUGCCGCCGAGGGCAUCCGGCUGGCCCGCCCCGCGGCCCCGCCCUCCCUAACCUGCCACGUGCUGGUGGACCCGGCGGGGCGCCACGCCUUCUGCUCCGCCUACGAUCACGGCCCCUGGCCGCUGCUGGGCGACGCAGGCGCCGCCUUCGACGCCGAGGCCCUGCUGGCCAGCCGCGCGGUGCUCGUGUCCGGGACGCCUGCGCGGGCGGCCGCACUGGCCGCGCUGCUGGCGCUGUCGGACGUGGUGCUGCUGACAGAGGACGAGGCGGCGGCGGUGACGGGCGUGCGUGGCGCGGAGGCGGCCGCCGUCGCAGUGCUGCGUCGCGAUGGCUGCGCUGCGCGGUGGUGUGCGGUGAAGCGCGGCGCGGCGGGCGCGGUGCUGGCCCUGCGUGGCGCAGCGGACGGCGCGGGUGGGGCGGGCGGUGCGGGCGGCGCAGGCACUCCCAUCCGCACCGUGUCGGCUCCGGCGCCGGCGGUGGAGGUGGCCGACACGGUGGGCUGCGGCGACGCCUUCGCAGCCGCGCUGGUGCUGGGCUACCUGGGCGGGUACAGCGUGCACAGCGUGCUGGCGCUGGCCAAUGCGGCGGGGAGGGACAGCCGCGCGCUGGCGGCGGAGGUCUGA